CGUGACGCAAACAGAGCGCGACGUUCCCGGAAGAGACGUGGCAGCUGGCCGGAGGGAGGCGGCGGAGACAGUUGGGCCUCGCACUUCGCCCGAGGACCGGCCCCGGCUAGGGAGAGCCAGAGGCGGUUGGGCAGCUCCGGCGACGAGCUUACCGGCGCCUGGGCCGCCCCGGGACGGUUUCUUCGCCAAGGGAGGCAGCUCUUCUCGGGCUAAGCCACCCCUGCGCCGACUACAAUGGGGCUCUGCAAAUGUCCCAAGAGGAAGGUCACCAACCUCUUCUGCUUUGAGCACCGGGUGAACGUGUGCGAGAACUGCAUUGUCGCUAACCACGCCAAGUGCAUCGUCCAGUCCUACCUACAGUGGCUGCAAGACAGCGAUUACAAUCCCAACUGCCGGUUGUGCAAUGCGUUACUUUCCAACAAAGAGACGGUUCGGCUUGUAUGUUACGACCUCUUCCAUUGGUCCUGCCUCAAUGAGAUGGCCAACCAGCUGCCGCAGAACACAGCCCCCGCUGGCUACCAGUGUCCCUCGUGCCAGGGCCCCAUCUUCCCUCCCACCAACUUGGUCAGCCCGGUUGCUUCUGCCCUCCGAGAGAAGCUCUCGACCGUCAACUGGGCUCGGGCCGGACUCCGGCUUCCCCUGAUUGACGAAACAGAAGUGAGUCACGAGGUGGAUGCUCACAACGCCUCAGAGGGCAGCGACUGGUCCAGUUUCACAGCCCUAAAUUCAGAAGAUGCUGCCCCACAGAGUACGGCCUCGGCCUUCGCCUACAGCACAGGCUGCAACUUCGAGUCCCCGCCACAGCAGCCGCAAAAUCUGAAGAAUGGCGGCGUGUCCGACCAGCACACCAUCGUCAGCAUGAGUGACGCAGCCUCCUCGUCACGGAAAAUUUACGACACCCGGGAAGCCGGCGUCGGCCAGGACUCGAACACCACCAUCGACUUCGACGAGGACAAAUACCGCCGGAGGCCGACGCUCAGCUGGCUCGCCCAGCUGCUCAAGAAUCGUUUCGGCACCCGGAAGCAGCCGCGGUCGUUGAUGCAGCGGUUCGUCAUCUUCCUUCUAAUCGGCGGGAUCGGCUUCCUGACGCUCGUCAUCGUCAUGAUGAAAGUAGGCCGGGCCUCGGCCGACAACGACCCCAGCCUAGACCCCAAGUUCAACCCUAACAUCCGAGUGGGACAGUAGUUUGAGUAGGGGCCGGCCUCUCCUUCACCAUGUUGGCCCUGUACCCCACACUCUGGGCUCUUCCUCUUGGCAGCUGGCAGAAUGGCACCCCCAGAGGGAGGGAGGGAGAGAGGGAGGCCUGGGGCUGCAACUACUCGGUGUGCGUGUGUGUCUCCGUCAGCUUCCCAGCCUGGACAAACAAGGUUGUUGGGGACACCUUGGAAGCUUGGAUGAAGGUAUACCAGUUCAAAGAUGGCCCAUCUCUUUCUCUUCCUCCUCCUCCUCCCCGCAGUCCGAUGGGAAUUGUAAACAACAAAUGUUGUUGCCCUGAUGGGCAGCUUUAGGCAGAAAGGACUAGUGUGCAGUGGAGGGACAGGAUGGAACUGGCAAUUUUAAAGAGAACAGGGCCUCCCAUUUCUCGUUUCCUUCCCUCGCUCCUACUCAGUAGGUGGAUGGGCAAAAGAAGCCCCCGUUUCUCUCUCUUCUCACAACUCGGCUUCCACUCGAGCCAGGCAGAAGCCUACUUUUCCUUAGGGGUCAAGUUUCCUCAUUGCUUUGUUUUCCUUCUUUGAAGUAAGUUGCUUGAGGCGGGCGUGAUCGACAGAACUGGGGGGGGGGGACUGUCGCCACGCCCACCCCGUAGCAAUUUUUACAAAAAAGUACGGCCAAGUUCGUGAAGUUCUCCGUCAAGAAACAAGACCUCAUCUCCUAAAUCCACUUCGAUGCUUCUGUGCAAGCUUGUCUUGGUUGCGGGAACGCCAAAGCUCCACCCCCAUACACUCCCCCCCCCCAAAAAAAGGGGGCUCUAUCUAAGCUGAAGCAACAUCUGUUUGCACCCCACUUCGGUCCUUUCCGUUAACACAACUAGUUUCCGGCCUUUCUCUGCCACUUCUAAUUACCUGCUAGAUACGGGAUGUCUUGGGGGAGGGCACAACGUGUGUCUUCCAGGCCCCCUCGGGCUUGGGGGCCCAUCCUGUAGGACCAAAGGCUGCCUCCACACAGUUUCUCUGCAACCCAGAGGUUGAAAAAGGUCCAGGGUUUGAUGGGCAGGUGCUCGAAGUGCUGCGGAGAUGAGAAGGCAACGGCGCCUCGGUGCUUAGGAAUCGCUUCCCUUCAUAAGCCAGGAGUUACACGUCAAAUUAAAAAAGGAGGCCAUUAUUAUCUUAUGCCCCACACUUUUGUCCUCUAGCAACAUCUCCACUCUGUUCAGGCUCUAGGUUUUUCCAGAAAGAGUGGCCUCAACCUUGUCCUCUCCAAAACCACUUUUUCCCCUUCUCCAGCAGAAAGCGACGGUCCCAGUCCAUUUUUGGGGGAAAGCAGGGGGGGGCACCCAGUGGAGGAAAGUCUCUCUCAUCCCAGAUGUCCGAUCAAGAAGGGUGUGGUUGCCAUCCUUUGCAGGGGGGCCCCAUUUUGGAAAGGUUUGGGGACCGGUUCGAAGGACAGCUCUGAAAUUUCCUGCAGGGUUUAUUUCUCGCCUCUGGAUUCUUCCGAUGUAGGGCGGUGAGCGUGCAAAUCUCUGGCACAUUGAAGCAAUAGAGACAUUGGUUAAUGUUCUAUUAAACACUCUUGGCUGAU